AUGGAGGAACUAUUAGCAAGACAUCGCAAAGAGCAGCGAGAUCUUCAAGCACGAAUUACGCAGAAGAAAAAGAACGCGACGAAGAAGACCCGCAAAGGAAUCAACGAUGAAUGCGAAAGGCUUCAACGAGAACUAAAUGAGAAACAUCAGAGAGAAAUAGCAGAGUUAAAUGGAGAGACGACGGACACUGCUGCCGAUGUCUUAGAGCAUUUGAGUCUUGAUGAUAUUGAUGGUGACAAAAUAAAUGGCACGGCUGCAGACGUCCCCGCAGACGGGGAAGUGAAAACCGGCUCUUCCAACGCAACUGCUUCGCCCUCACCCUCACCCUCGCCCUCCUCGAAUUCUGACCCCGCUUCUGCUCCCGCUCCUCGAGCCAAGAAACCGAAUCGUCAGAAAGCCCGCCUUGCCCGUCGUGCGGCUGAGCGAGCUGCGCAGUCCGCUCGCGCCGCCGAGGAAGCCGCCAACCAGACCGAUCAUCGAGGAAAUGAGAAAGAGGUGAUGGACGCUGCAUUCAAGCGGUUGGGGCUGAAGGAGAUCGAGAUCAACCCUGAUGGACACUGCCUGUAUUCCGCCAUCGCGUGCCAGCUGGACGAGCUGGGGCUCGGCUUGAGGCCUGAUCCGCGCAGGAUUACUCUCUCGCCGACAACAUUAUCGCGGGUGGAAACAGUGGCCUCCCCGAAACAUGAUGGAUACCGGGCUGUGCGGGCGGUGACUGCAGACUUCAUACUUGAGCACCAGGAAGACUUUGCCCCGUUCAUGGAGGAACCCUUGGAGGAGUAUACCAGAAAGGUCCGAUUGACCGCUGAGUGGGGAGGACAGUUGGAACUGCAGGCGAUCGCUAGGGCAUACGGAGUAGAGAUCAACAUCUUACAGGGCGAUGGCAGGAUAGAGAAGAUCGAGCCCGGCGACGACGUCGAGGAGUUGGAUGACGACGAGAAGAGCAAGCGACGAAUCUGGCUGGCCUAUUAUAGACAUACCUAUGGUCUGGGUGAACAUUACAACGCUCUUACGCAGAAAUCUUGA